AACGACAUGCUCCGCGUACGAAACCCUAACAUUUUAUUUUCUACGAAAUAUUUUCGUCCGGACAAGUUAAAACGGUAAAAAUGCUGACCAAAAUGUCGUCUCUUGGCCACGUCACCCUCCGCCAUGCGCUGCCGCCGCCGGGGAUGGGCCUUCUCCACCGUCGAUUCGACCCGACAAUCAAAACCCAUGUAGAGUUCAACGGCCGGAUCAGGGCGAGCGGCGCGUCGACCAACGCGCCGACGGAGCCGGUGAAAGUGGGCGUGAGCCAUGAGGUGAUGGAGGCGGAGGGGAAAGUUCUGGUGGGGACGUACGCCCGUGCUCCGGUGGUGCUAUCCAGUGGCAAAGGCUGUAAAUUGUUCGACCCUGAGGGACGAGAGUAUUUGGAUUGUUCCUCUGGGAUCGCUGUGAAUGCCCUCGGCCAUGGCGAUCCCGAUUGGCUUCGUGCGGUCACUGAGCAAGCCGGUGUUCUUGCCCAUGUCAGCAAUGUCUACUACACUAUACCUCAGAUAGAACUGGCCAAACGCCUGGUGGCCUGCUCUUUCGCUGACCGAGUCUUCUUCAGUAACUCUGGAACAGAAGCCAAUGAAGCAGCCAUCAAAUUCGCAAGGAAGUUCCAAAGAUUCACUCACCCUGAAGAGAAGGAAGUUGCCACUGACUUCAUCGCUUUUACAAAUAGUUUCCAUGGCAGAACUUUAGGAGCUCUUGCCCUGACGAGCAAAGAACAGUACAGAACUCCCUUUGAACCCGUCAUGCCAGGUGUCACCUUCUUGGAGUACGGUAACGUUCAAGCAGCAACUGACCUAAUCAGCUUGGGAAAGAUUGCUGCUGUUUUCGUAGAACCUGUUCAAGGAGAAGGCGGGAUUCACACCGCAACAAAGGAGUUUCUGUUAUCUCUGCGUUCUGCUUGUGAUGCCUCUGGAUCCCUUCUUGUCUUCGAUGAGGUUCAAUGUGGGUUGGGUCGAACGGGAAAUCUAUGGGCAUACGAGGCAUUUGGUGUAACUCCCGACAUAAUGACGCUCGCAAAGCCGUUAGCAGGUGGUCUCCCCAUUGGAGCGGUGCUCGUGACAGAAAAAGUUGCGUCCACUAUAAAGUACGGAGACCAUGGAAGCACCUUUGCGGGGAACCCUCUCGUGUGCAAUGCAGCCAUGGCGGUUCUGGACAAAAUCUCGAAACCCUCUUUCUUGUCCAGCGUAUCGAGCAAAGGUCGAUACUUUAAGGACCUGUUGGAGAAGAAAAUGGGAGGAAACCCUCACGUGAAGGAAGUACGGGGAAUGGGGCUCAUCAUCGGGAUCGAGUUUGACGUCCCAGCGAAACCAUUGGUGGAUGCAUGUCGGAAUUCCGGGCUUCUGAUUCUGACGGCAGGGAAAGGGAACGUGGUGAGGCUUGUUCCGCCGUUGAUCAUCUCGGAGGAGGAAAUCGAACGUGCGGCUGAGAUUAUUGCCCAGAAUUUGACUGCUCUUGAUCUCAAAGACUGAUGCUUUACGACAGCAAGUGAAGUUAUUUCUGCAUUUGUGUAUGAAUAAUACAUUACAUAUGAACCUUUUUCUUAUUUGAUUAGCCCGAGUUAAACCGAUCA